CCGCUCUCAAAAUAUCAGCAGAUAAUUCGAUUCAGCUGGCCACCCGCCAUUUCUUCUCAUUACCUAUAGCCAGUUAAAGCAGUUGAGUAACGUUCCCAUUUCAAUCCGUCAAUCCUCAGCCACUGAACAUGAAAGAAGAAGAGGAAGAAGAUAAAGUAGCAAUCCCCACCAACAAAACCCUCCAAAUUGGAUUCUGCAACUAGGGUUUUAGGGUAUAUUCUUCCCCCUCCCUCUUAUCUUAACCUUAUCUAUGGCAGUUUCCUCCCUCUAUCCCUUCAAUCCAACGCUCCAGUGCUCUCCCGCGGCAGCGACGGAGCUCGAGUUUCAGCUCCUCCGUCCAGUGGGUAAAAGGAGCUGCAAGUUCGUGGUUUCCUACACGCAUUCCAAUGCUAAGAUACUCAAGUCCAAUCGCAAGUCCAAGUUCGGCGAGACGUUGAAUCCCUACGACAGUAGCGAUGAAGAGGAUGAAGAGGAAGACGAAUUUGAAUUCGACCACGGCGACGAUUGGCUGUUGAAUGAUGAAUUUGCUGAACCUUCAGUUCAGUUUGAGGUUGAUGGGAAGAGGGUUAAGUCAAAGAAGAAAACCAUUGCCAAACAAGGUAUGGAAUGGAUGGAUGAAUCGUUUUAACAGUUCAUAGUUUGGGGAACAGGUUCAUGGUUGGUUGGAGACUGACUCCUCUGCAUCCAGGCAGGCCUAAACAGUCGAGUGCGAAAACAAGAGAGAAAGCUGGCGUUAGAAACUUGCGCCACACGAAAAGCAACCCAAAGGUAUCUAAUUUCUUGAACUCGGAGGGGUUCUUUCGCUACAUGUGUGUGAAAUUGUGCAGGAACGAGCUUACAUUAGAUGUUUCUUUCUGGUUCCAGCAGAUAACAAGGAAAACUGCUGAUAAUAAUACCUACGAGAAGCUCUAUGAAGAAAUAGCGCUAGAUAAGAGAUGGUUUCCGUUGUUGGAUUAUCUAACUACGUUCGGCCUCAAAGAGUCUCACUUUGUCCAAAUUUACGAGAGGCACACGGCAUCUCUGCAGAUCAACAUCAUUUCUGCAAAGGAGAGGCUGGAGUACUUGCUGAGCGUGGGUGUGAAACAAAGGGAUGUCAAGCGGAUACUUCUGAGGCAGCCGCAGAUUCUGGAAUACACAGUUGAGAAGAAUUUGAAGCCUCAUGUUGCUUUCUUGAUCGGUUUAGGCAUUCCAAACUCCAGAAUUGGACAGAUCAUAGCUGCUGCUCCUUCCUUGUUUUCUUACAGCGUCGAGAAUUCGUUGAAGCCAACUGUUCGGUACUUGGUUGAGGAGGUCGGGAUAAACGAAAAGAUCCUUGGCAAAGUCGUGCAGUUGAGCCCUCAAAUCUUGGUCCAGAGGAUCGAUAUUUCGUGGAAUAGCCGAUAUAUCUUUCUGUCUGAGGAACUGGGUGCCCCCAGAGAGAGCGUGGUAAAGAUGGUAACAAAGCAUCCUCAGUUCUUGCACUACAGCAUCUACGAUGGGUUGCUUCCACGGAUCAACUUCUUGAGGAGUAUUGGGAUGAAUGAUGCUGAAAUCGUCAAAGUCUUGACUAAUCUUACACAGGUAUUAUCUUUGUCAUUGGAAGACAAUUUGAAGCCCAAGUACACGUACUUGAUCAAUGAACUCCACAAUGGCGUACAGUCCUUGACCAAAUAUCCCAUGUACUUUAGCUUGUCAUUGGACCAGAGAAUCCGCCCUCGCCAUAAGUUCCUGGUUGCUCUAAAGAAAGCUCCGGAGGGGCCUUUCCCACUGAGUUCAUUUGUUCCAACAGAUGAAUCUUUCUGUCAGCAGUGGGCUGGGACUAGCGUGGAUACGUAUCUGGCUUUUCGGCAGCAGUUGCUGCUCAAGAGGUUUGCCGAGAAAUAUGAAAAGCAGGGAUAAUAGGUUAGUUUCAUUUGAGAAGCACUCUUUUGUAGGUCUGGUCUCUCAGUAAAACCUUCAGCAGCUUAUCAUAACAGUGGUUCGGCAGAAGCGUUUAGGAAAUUUUGGUCCAAACUUUGAUACCCAUGGUUGAAUUAACCAUUUUGUGAGCAAUCACUGCUGCAACAAUCACUGCAGUUGCUGCUUCGGAAAGGAUGGAAGGAUAAACUAUUGAUCUAUCAGAGUUAUUUUUGGAAGCAAGGAGGGCAAGGAUGGAUGUGCAAUUGCCCAUUAUAUUUGUACAGUUAGCUAGAGAGGAGAGUGGUAUGUAUAUGUGUACUCUGGUUUUUACUUUUCAGGGGAAGCUAAUAAUGCGUGCUAAGUGCCGUUCCUGUUAUGUGAUCAUUAUUCCCUCGGAUCUCAAUGGAUUUUCAGUUGGCCAGUUGUGCCAUUACCAUAAGAUCUGUUGUGCUUUUCGUUAUUUUUGUUGUCAAAUGGUGUGGUUAUUGCAAUAUAACUUCAUGAUAGCUGUCUGUAGAAAGGUAGUUGAUGGGAUGAUGGACAAUGUAGUGUGUUUGAUAGUAAUUGUUUGUAUAAAGGUUGUUGAUGUGAUGAUGGAUAAUAUAGUG